AUGGUUACCAAAGUAAAUGCACCACACUUGCAAUUACAUAUCCUUCUUCUCGUUGUAGCUACAAGCGCCCUUGCUGCCCCAGCUUCUGAUACAACCAAAACUAAGCGUGGUCUUGCAUUGGGACUACAUUCACCCAUAUCAAUUGCUCAUUCUUCAUCAUACAUUUCACAUGCACCUUUGAUAUCUCACGCACCUUUAAUUUCGCACGCACCUUUACUACAUGCACCACUGAUUUCACAUGCUCCACUUAUUUCGCAUGCUCCUUUAAUUUCACAUGCUCCAUUGAUUUCACAUGGACCAUUAUUAUCGCAUGGAUCACUUUUGUCGUCAUUACAUUACUAA